AUGGGGUGUACAGAAGAGGAAAAAGACUUCUGGGAUCAGCUCAGGGGCGUGAUGACGAAAAUGUCGGAUACGGAGGUGGUGUGGAUCGAGAAGGACCUUAAUGGUCACGUUGGGGAAGGGAGCCUUGAUACAGAAGGUACAGCAAAUUACGGAGUUGGAAUACAGAAUAAAGGAGGAGACAAAAUUGUGGACUUUGCAACAGCAAAAUGCAUGACAGUAGUCAACACCUACUUCCAGAAAAGACUGACUCGUCGAGCAACCUAUACUAGUGGUGAGCAAAGCACACAAGUUGACUACAUUUUGUGCAGUCCUUUAUUACAGAAAGUAAAGGACUGCCAUGUCCUACCCAAAGAAUCUGUUACCAAGCAGCGUAAGCUGGUGGUCUGCUAA